AUGCACUAUAAUAUAAUUCGAAGUAAAAUAAAUACCAGCUAUGUAAUAGACCCAUAUGUGAGCAUGUUAUACAUGAAGAGAACGUACAAAUACCUUAGUUUACUAAAAAGAAAUAAUGGCAAAAUUAUCAUAUUAGGAAAUAAAAUGAAUGAAAUAAAACUAGAAAAUUAUUUUCCAAAUAUUCAACACAAAGAAACAUGCAACUUGAAUGAGCUAACCAAUUUGACAAAGACUUUCGACUUGCUUAUUUGCACAGAUCUACCUUUAUAUUACUCUUACAUUAAAAACAUCUUUAUUCCAAAAAUGCUUAUAGCUGAUGGAUCCACAUUUGUAAAUAAUAAAAAUUUCUUGCAUAUUUUCGAUUACUUUAUACCACUGACAAAUCAGAAGUUGGACAGGCAUUUGCACUACGCCCUCUCCAGAAAGUUCUUAUCCUAG